UCAUAUUUAUUAUUUUAAUUAUUUUUUAAAAAUUCUCGAUCUUUAUUUUUUCUACUCUAGUCUUCACAUCUUUUUCCAAUCUUUGGAUUUCAGGAUUUUGGUAUGUCUACCACAACCUCCAAGCCGAUCUCAACAGCCACCACAGAAAUAUGGAACGAAAUUAAAACAUUAUUUCAAAAUUUUAAAUUCGGUUUCAACAGUGCUCCAUCAAUUGAUGAAGAGAUCAAAAGAUUGGCUCUGCAAAGACAAGAACUAAUAACCAAGCUGAUUGUCUCUACCAUAGGGACCAUAGUAACCAUUGGGGUAUCUUAUUAUGGUUUGAAGUGGUUGUUCAACCAACUGGACCCAUCUAAGAAAGACAAUGAAGAGUUCCAAUUACGUGCGAAAGCUCUGAUGAAGAAAAUUGGAGUUAAUGUACAGUUAACCGAGCAUGAACUGAGCAUGGCUUCAAACUUGGUGAUACCUUCCUCGAUGAAAACCGAAUGGAAGGACAUUGGUGGCCUCCAGGAAAUCAUUGAGGAGAUCAAGGAAGCCGUCAUCGACCCAUUCAAACAUAAGGAACUGUUUGCAUCUACUAGGCUCGUUGAACCGCCGAAAGGUGUUCUCCUUUAUGGACCGCCCGGUUGUGGCAAGACGAUGAUUGCAAAAGCAAUCGCCAAAGCAACAGGUGCAAGAUUUCUAAGUCUUAACGUCUCCUCCUUGGUUGACAAGUGGUAUGGAGAGUCACAAAAGAAGGCAGAAGCUAUCUUUACACUGGCUAGAAAGCUGCAGCCGACAAUCAUAUUCAUUGAUGAAAUUGAUUCCUUCUUACGUCAGCGUUCAUUUGACGAUCACGAGGCCAGCUCUAUGAUUAAAACUCAGUUCAUGAGUUUCUGGGAUGGCCUUACGACCGACGACAGAUGCCAAAUCGUCGUCAUCGGCGCCACUAACAGGCCUAAGGACGUAGAUCCAGCCAUUCUCAGACGCAUGCCAAGCAAAUUUUAUAUUGGAUUGCCGAACCUUGAGCAGAGGAAGGAAAUAUUAAAGCUGGUAUUACAAAAUGAAUCUGUCCACCAUUCUGUAAACUUGGACGAGAUUGCCGUGCUAACAGAGGGCUGGUCCGGUAGUGACCUGAGGGAGCUAUGUAGGGCCGCUGCCGUCUUAAGAGUUCGAAAGUUGAUCAAACUCUCCGAAGAAAUCACAAGUACCAGUUCAAUACCCACCUCCCUUGGCGAAUUGGACGCAGAAGACUUCAAAAAAGCCUUCGAAAGACUGAACCAAGGCAAAAUUAUGAUGACUUCAUCGACUGUUUACCAGCAGUUUUGUAUUGAUUAGCGCUUCGUUUAGUCUGCCAUGUUUUUCAGUUUACAACUCUAUAUAUUCCAUUCGUUCUUAUAAUGUUAUAAUUCUUCCUUUUCUUCAACAGUUUUAUAGACAUCUAUUAUUUUUAUUGUUUUCGUUCGAUCGAGGAAAUGUUAAUUUAUAUUGCGUAUUAAACUCGUUUUCGGUGCAUUAUUUAUUUUUUAAGAAUUUAGUGGAUUUUUUUCAACGAAAUAAACUGUUUUAUUGCUAUCGGCAUAAAAAAAAUAUUCAAAUAACACGUGAAGAAUAAACGUGAAAACAGUUAAAAUACCAACACCAUAAAUAUUCCUUAUGAAAUAGAUUACACAUCCAACUAAAAAAUUCUGUCUAAAGAAGAAUAAUAAUAAAUUUAGAAACUGCUAA